AUGCAGGAUGUUACUGCAUUAUUUGAUGAUGAUGAGCUCGACUCCAAUGGUGAGCAGGUGGAAAUCACCAAUGGUGAUGAUUUGGAUGCUGGGCGUGAGGAGAGUGACAAUGAGGAACCAGAGACCAUGGCCAUGAUGCUCUCUGACGAGGUCCCUUCCAUUGUCACCGACAAGUCUGCCCGGGACCAAAAACACGCUGCAGAGAUUCCAACAUGGCGUGAUGUCAACAAUGCUGUUUCAGAGUCUGUAGACAAAACUAGUACAACAUGUGGCAAUUCCUCAGAACCCUACUCCAGUGAUUUGGAAGGUGCCCCCAAACCUACCUCCACAGCUUGUUCAGCUCAGAAUGUCACUUCUCUCAUUCAAACGGAGAAGGGUAAUAUCAAAUUACUGGAUCAAAACCAUGAAACUCGUCAAGUCAUUCGGAAUGUGAUUAUUGAUGCCAAGUGUUACAUUGUCUUCGUCAAUGCUUAUCCUGAACUUGUUGAUAAAAACCAGAACUUGUUGCAAUCUUUGUUGAAGGUGGCUCAGGAUCUUGGCAUACAUGCCAUCAAACAACAUCUUCAAAAAGAUGUGCAGUAUGCUUCUCACCUUGCUAGCUUGGUCGAGCUGCGCAUUCCCUUAUUGCUCCGUGACUUGAAAAUGGCUGCAUGUGCCAAUAUCGAUAGCUACUUUCGUCUCGGCCAGAACAUAGUCAAGGCAAAAAAACUUAUGGAGAAGCACACUUAUGUAUAUGCCUUGAGGUUUGAUGUGUAUGCGGCUCUUUUCUGGAAGACACUCGGUUCACCAGGAAAGUUCAACUUUACUGGGAAUCAACUCAGUGAAACAUAUAUUUUUCACAUCAAGUUCCUUGAGAACUUAAAGAAGGACGCACCUGGGAAGUUUCACUGCAUGAUGGCCAACAUUUAUGAAGCUGUACAGGUCUUGAAACAAAAGGGGAACAAUCAUAUGGUUAGUAAGCAUCAAGAUGCACUGGCGCUACUUGACCUUGAUGGAAUGGCUGAGGAUUAG